AACAACAACUGCUUUUUUUCCGUAUAUUCUACACUUACGAAAUGAAUGGUUUCGUUAGGAGGUGUUAAACAUUUAUAUUUAGUAAGUUUAUUAUCGAUAAACCACAAACAUGCACCUGUCGCCAAUAUGAGUGUCCUGUAAGACGGCAUAAACCCUUUCUCAUAUUCUGCAGCAGCUGCGUCAUAAAUAGUCUGCAUGAUGACUCACUAAUGAUCAGAAAGGAUCACGAGGUGAGCCCCUUGUUGUUGGUUUCUUUGUUUUUCUUUAUUUGUAGCAACAUUUGAUCAGAUUUAGAAAAAAAAAUCAAAAUUUUUUUAAAGGAAAUAAGAACCCACUUCAAGCUGCUGCAAGGAAAAGCUGUCAUUUAUAGAAUAUGAGCUACAGUUUAACACAAACUAAAUGAUGUUGUUGGCUGCAUGUAUUACCAAGUAGAUACAAUGAAAUUGGUUGGGGGAACAAGACUGAGGAGACUGAAAAAUGGGGUCCUGGAAAGUGUCAUAAUAGCCCCAUUUUAUAGCCGAAAUCGGUUAUGAAUUGUACCCCUAAAGAGAAAAAAAAAGAUAUGAACAUAAUCAAUAAAAAUAAGGUUUAGCAUAAAAUACAAAAGGGGUUUAUACUAAAUAAACGACUGCUGUGACAGUAAAAUCUAUCUAACACAAGAGGCUCUCAGGUCGUAUCUGUUUGCUCUGCUGUUAGAUAAGACAAGUUAAAAAAAAAAGAAUUGUUCCCCAAACAUGGGGCCGGCAAAAUGUGUCAUACAAGAUCCUGAUACCAUUCCAUUGAAUGGGCAUUAAACUCUGAAAGUUAUGGUGGGUUUUUGGCCCAAAAUGCCGGUCCACUCCAUUUUAAAAGCCCAAUUUUCCGCCAGAUGCCCAAACUGUAACCCUAACCAUAACCUUUCCUCCAGGUCCGUGCAACCAAGGAAAAAUGUUCAGCACGUAUUUAGAAAAUUACAUGCAAAUAGUCAUUUUCAUCCUAUUUACAGACAGACCUGGGAUUCCUUAUGGAGCUUGAGCUUUAGGACAUGCGGCCAAACAUUUUAUUAUUAUUUUUUUUAAUGAUGAGUACCUUAAAUUAUUUUCUAUUUUUUCUACAGCAGUGUAUUCUUGAAUGUAUAUCAAACAUCAGGUGUGUGAGCAUAAGGUUUUUUCUUUUUGGUCUUAAGGUAGUUUCAAUUGUGUCAAUUCCAAUUGUACAAUCUUUAUUAAUACAUUUUUUAGUAGAUUGUCUUUUUUAUGCAGUUUUACUGUUGAACCAGGAUGAUUUGCAUUCAUUAUAGUCCUAAUUUCUAAAUUAAUUAGGUGGAUCAACCAAGACUAUACAGUCAAAGAUGUGAAAGUGUCCUCAUUCUAUUCGCCAAUCUGGGAAAAACUGCUCUUUUCUUUCAUCCUUUUCACUUCCGGUGAGAUUCACUCCAUUGGUUAACUAGCAGUAUUAAAGGCUAGAUCUCUUGUAAAUAAACUGACGGCCACUUCAGUCUGAUUUAUGAUCCCAUUAGGCUGCCGUAAUCAUUUCAAAUGCUUCUUAAGAGUAGCAGGAGUGGAAAAAAAGCUUCUGUCUGUUCUAACACCAGAAUGCAUGACUAUAAAAAAGUUUUUUUUUUUAUUACAUUUUUUUCUACAAAAUAUUAAGCUUUAUAAAUAAAGCAAAGUGCACAUCCCCAAUGAAAGUAGAAAAUUACUUAAAAAGCAUUAUAUUUAGGUGUCAGUGAUCAAAAAAAUCUUUAUUAAAUCUCCAAAUAAAUCUGCCUCGGUAAAGUAGGCCACCGGCGAAACAUCCAGUAAAUAUAGAUAUCCAGUUUGAAAUGUUCAACAUCGGCACAUGUCCACAAUAUCAGGUGACAUACUUUGUACUUCAGGGGAGACAACAUCUAAAAAUAGACUCACACCCCAAGACCGUCGCCUCUGCCUGAGCUCACGUCCCACAUCACAGGUCUAUAUCCUCAAGCGCACGGCAGUGAAAAGGGUACAAUGACGACAGCGUCCGGAAGAGGAUUUGGUUCAAAGGAUUCGCUGUGAGGUUGCUGCCGAUUAUCCCCUUUAAGAAAGGUGAAAGGACUCUGGAUGGAUCUCUGCUCCUCAAAGACCCAAAGGCAGUCGGAACCAGCUCUGACAGAAAGUCAAGCUGAGGAUUCAAGCAAGGAUUCUGGAUUUUUGUCUGAGCUUGAAGCAGAAACUGAAUGGAGUGACCACGUUUCCUGUGAGGAGGAAACAUGUCUGCCUUCGUCUUCCGGAUCAGAGGCUUCCAUCUGCGUUCCAUCCAGCUCAGAACCUUCACCAGCAGGCGUUGAAGGCAGAACUUCUUCAGAAUUUCCUGUUUCACCUCAUCCCUCUUUUGCAGAGUCGUCAGUUUCUUUCUCUCCCUUAUCCGGACAUUGCUCGUCUGAAGCUUCUGGAGAAGUUUGCUCCAGAUUUGAGGAUGCAACAAACCCCGUCCCAGAACCCCAAAACACUCAACCCGCCCCCUUAUUGAGGUCGCUACCGUCUCAGUCAGAAAGUUUAGAAAGCAAUGAGGCUUUAGCGCCGAUGUUAGACCUUUAUAUUUUUGAAAGUGACUUCAGUCUGAGCCAAGCUGUAGAUCCACUCGGAAUUCCGUGUCCUGAAUUCUGUCCAUUAUCACAAGCAGAGGAGGUGCAGCUGGACCGCGGCGGUGAUGCAUGUGUCUCCAUGUGUAAUUCAGAAGGCAUCCAAACACAAUGUCAUUGUGGCUUUAGCCAGGAAAGAGCCGGAGAGGGUGAUGUGUCAGUGGAGGACCGGGAGAAAGAGUUAUGGCCCCUCGAUGUGAAUGCCUGUGAGGGGGAUUUCAUAUCUAUAAAAACUGUGAGAUCAAGGGAAGUGGAUCCUCGCUGCGACAGCCCGGAUGAUCUCUGGCUGGACGCGUGUCAGUAUCUAACGGAUGAGGAUGCCGACGAUCAGAAAACUAGUUACUCUGAGAUGUCAAGAGGUCACUCAGCUUUAAGUGUCCCCUCUGUUCCUCCACAAGUUUCAGGUUUCAGCCUGGAUGGUAACAAGGGGAUUGGCUGGUGCAGCAAUGACAACAGAGGUUGGAGGCCACCAAUUGAAAGGUGGCCAUCGGCGGAUAGCUGGGCCAGUGCUCUCUCAGAUCUGACGGGGUUUGCCGACACUCUACCGGAAGACUUCACGGCUGCGUUUGCAGAAGUAGGGGCUGAGAUAGAUGCUCUGACACAGGCCUUAGAAACAGACAAGGCUUUUGAAGAGUUUGAAAGGUCACAAGAAUAUCAAGAAAUAGAGCAGGAAGGAGCAAAGCUAAAUAUGGGAGUACAGGAUCAGCCUCUGAAGACUCAAAGCAUCCCUGGGAGUUCCAUUGAAUCCAAGCAAAGCUGUCUCACAUUGUGCUUUGAAGCCGGAGAGCCCAAACUCCACGACGUUUUCUAUGAGUCAGUUUCUACCACACAGAAGUCAGAGGAGAUUCUUCAGAUUGAAGAGACUUCUGGAAAAUACAGCAAAGCUGAAGACAUCUCUUCCUUAGAUGCAAGUGGAGUAAUUGACAAUGAUCCGAUCCGACUCAACAUAACGGAGGAAACGGAUUUGAACGUUCCUGGAGAGCUGCUACUUGAAAAGCCAUUUGGAGAUGUACUGUGUCAAGUGACAGAGGACAGGCGUUUCCCCCAGCUGUGCUCUGCUGCUGCGCCGCAGGUCGAAGGUGAGGGAAACAAGUCUUCAACGAAUCUCAGCCGCCCCCCAGAUGCGGACAGACCACAGGAGGAGCGAGCACACGCUGUUUCCGACCUUGAUGGAGCGGUACAGGUGAAGCCUCAGCUCGGGACUUUAAAGUCUCUCGUGUCCUCUGUUCCUCUUGACAGUAGCCACUCCUGUGGGUGGCAGACAAACAGCUAUUUGGAAGGAGAGCAGUGCACGCUCUGCCAAACGACAGAUGGAAUUACCUACAAGCCAUUUCAGGAAGGUGACGCAGGGUUGAUUCAUAAAAAGCAGCAGAAGACAAUAAAAGCAGCAGAGAAUUCAUCAGUGUGGGAUCUAUUCGAGGCCGAGUCCUUCCUCGCCGCAGGAAAACUUACACCUGAGCUCCGUUAUCUCAGAGGAGAGCUAAAAAGCAUCUCCGCAGACCAUUUAUUCGUCUCAGACGAGGACCGCAUUGCAUUUGUCACUUUAGAGUUGAAUGACCCGUUUGUCUCUAGGACUCCAAAACCAGAGCUAAAAAUGCCUCAUAAAACCCACAAGAAUCCCUCAGAGGGCAAAGCACGCUCCAAAAAGGAGAAACCAACCGGCCAUCAUCAUGGUCCACAGACUGCUGCGACGCAGGAGAACAAAUCUCACCACGUUCUCACCCAGCAGCAAGAAAAUCCCACCAUUGAGAACAGUCAAGCUGGGCUUGAGACCAGGGAGGAGAAAGGGGUGAUAGAGGCCGGUGUGAGGACUGCAGGCAAGUCGCACGGUAAGAAGAAAAAGAAGCAGAAUGCAGCACUGAAGAGCAAAGGGGAGUCUUCUCCUGAUGUGGAAAAUGGAGCCAAACCAAAAACGGCAAAGGGAAGGAUUGACAUGUUUGAGGCUAAACUGGCUGCCAAAGCGGAGAAAGCUCCUAAGGAUGUGGUUAAGGCCGAGAAGAAACCGCCGGUUCCAGAGCUGCAAGGAGAAACACCUCAGCAUCCCACAGAUCCAAAACCAUCAAAACCCAACGACGAAGUCAUUAAAAGGUUGCGUCUGACCGGACAGGAGUUUGGCCGGCUGUCCAGUGAAUCCAAAUUACUCGAGUUUGAUGACGUAGUGAAAGAAAAAGAUGGAGUAUUUCAAAAGAAGGCGUACAGUGAGGUGGUCAAACAGAAAAUCCCUCAGAAGGAAGAGCCCAAAGUGUUGCAGCCCAUCCAAGCGGAGGCGGUGAGCGGAGACCCUCAGAGCUUGUGUCUGUGGUGUCAGUUUGACGCGGGACCCUCUGACUCCACCGUGACCUGGAGCAGGGGCGGGACCACCUUGGCUGAAGUCAAAAGAAGUGCAGGGGAUGACAGUCGAGUGUCCCUGAUCAUCACCAAUGCUUCCCACAAAGAUCUGGGCAAGUAUGAGUGCCGGGUCGGCUCCCCAGGACUCAUUACACUCACCUACCUGCUCACAUAUGAAGUUCUCAGUGAGAUUGUCAUUCCCUCAUCUCCUCAAACGACUCCAACUGCUCCAGCUGUGGAAGUGUCCAGUGAAGAAGAGGAUGUUCACUGCUCCAGGCUGCUGUUCAAAGAGGAUUUCUUAUCAGACCAAUACUUCGGAGAGAAACAUCCCAUCAGCAUAGUCACAGAAAAAGUUCAUUUUGGGGAGGGGAUGCAUCGACGGGCUUUCCGGACCAAGAUGCAGGCAGGCCAGAUUCCCUUGUUAGUGCCGGGACACUCCUGUGUGCUGAAGGUGCACAACUCUUUGAACUACGGGACCAACAACAACAACGAGCUUGUUCAGAAGAACUUCGAUCUGGCAGUGGAGGAGUGUCAGGUGCAGAACACGGCGAGGGAGUACAUCAAAGCGUACACCACAGCAGCUGAGUCUGUUGAAGCAUUUGGAGACAUCCCAGAAAUCAUUCCCAUCUACCUGGUCCACCGUCCAUCAAACGACAUCCCCUACGCCACGCUGGAGGAGGAGCUGAUCGGGGACUUUGUCAAGUAUUCAGUCAAGGAUGGUAAAGAGAUCAACCUGAUGAGACGGGACUCGGAAGCGGGACAGAAAUGCUGUGCUUUCCAGCACUGGGUUUAUGAGAAGACUGAUGGCAACCUGCUGGUUACUGACAUGCAAGGAGUGGGCAUGAGGCUUACAGACGUGGGGAUAGCUACCUGUAAGAAAGGAUACAAAGGGUUCAAAGGAAACUGCUCCACCUCUUUCAUUGACCAGUUCAAAGCUUUGCACCAGUGCAACAAGUUCUGUGAGAUCCUGGGGCUCAAAUCCUUACAGCCAAAGGCCAAAAAGCCUGCAGCCGCUCCGAAAAGUAAACCCAAACCCCCCGCUGCACCCAAGAAGAAAACGUUUGGGCCGACAGUCAAAGGCAAGUCCCAGUAGGAGGACAACCGUGGAUUAUUUACUGAAACGUGCGUCACUCCUCUACGUUUUUGGACUUUCUUAGCUUUAAGAUUUUAUGAGUAUUGGGAUAAAGACUUGAAAGGUUUUAUAACCGUUUUAUUGAUUUUUUUUGAAGGGUUUUCUUUAUUUGAAUGAAAGUUGAACUGUGAUGUCUUAGACUGCUUGACGGAACGCAGGGAUUUGAAAUUACAGGUUAUUUUUUACUUAGUUCAUUAAAUUAAUGGACCUUUAAUUGCUUUAAAUUAGUAUUUUUAAUCAUGGUGAUAUGAGUAGGUACUUUUAGUGUACUCUGUAAUUAAAAAAAGAAAUACAGUAAAUUCUUUCUUUAGGAAGAUGAGCUCACUUUUAUAUUUUGGAGACAACCUAAGCACACUGUGUACUUUUUGAGCUCAUAAAAAUGUUUUGAUUCUAUUAAAGGAGAAAAGAGAAGA